UUUGACGAGCCACAAUGCAAAGCAUCUUUCCGACACAGAAGACAUUGGUCCAGGCUUUUGCAGGCUGUUCCUCGUUCCAGUCUGUCAAUGCUGAAUCGCAAUCCAAAUAUCCCUCAAAAUGGUUAGCCCGCCAUGAGCUCUACCCCGUCUGGAGUACGGUUGAAGAUGCGAAGAACAAAGCUGCCAAACUGAGUGAUGCUGCUGUUGCCGAGCUUGAGAAAGCAAGCCACAAAGCGCAGGACACGACUGGGAAGAUUGUAAUGUACUCGCCCAAAUUCUACACGGCCUGCAUAUUUGGAGGUGUCCUUGCAUGUGGACUUACCCAUACUGCCGUGACACCCCUGGAUCUUGUGAAGUGCCGUCGUCAAGUUGACUCGAAGAUGUACAAAGGCAACUUCGAAGCUUGGGGCAAGAUUGGUCGGGCUGAAGGCCUCCGUGGAGUCUACACUGGGUGGGGCCCGACAUUAUGGGGCUACUCAGUUCAGGGUGGUUUCAAGUAUGGCGGAUACGAAUUCUUCAAGAAGUGGUACGCCGACUUGGUUGGAGAGGAUAACUUCCACAAGUACAAGACUUUAGUCUACCUCUCAGCUAGCGCCUCUGCCGAGUUCAUUGCCGACGUUGGGCUCUGUCCGUUUGAAGCUGUCAAGGUCCGCAUGCAGACCACUAUCCCACCGUUCGCGCGUACAACAUUUAAUGGCAUCAGCUAUAUCACCAGUAAAGAAGGAUUUGGCGGUCUCUACAAGGGCCUGUAUCCGCUAUGGGGCCGUCAGAUCCCAUACACUAUGAUGAAGUUUGCCUCGUUUGAAACCGUUGUCGAAAUGAUUUACAACUAUCUUCCCGGAACAAAGAAUGACUACGGAAAGGGCGCACAGACUGCUGUUUCCUUCACAGGGGGUUACAUUGCUGGUAUUCUCUGCGCCAUCGUUAGUCAUCCUGCCGAUGUCAUGGUUUCGAAGCUCAACGCAAAUCGUCAAUCCGGGGAGAGUUUCGGCGCCGCGACUGGCCGCAUCUACAAGGACAUCGGUUUCGUAGGUCUCUGGAACGGCCUUCCGGUGCGUAUCGUGAUGAUUGGUACUCUCACCGGAUUGCAGUGGAUGAUAUACGACUACUUUAAGAUCUUUAUGGGACUGCCAACGACUGGCGGUGCCGCACCCCCAGGUGAGAGAGCGAAUGCCUAGAGUGGCAGUCUUCAGCAUCAACAAGCCGAACACUCAACCUGGAAGCGAAACCGCUACUCCCUACUAUUAGUGCGAGCUUGGAGUUUAUUCUGGGGGCGCUUUGAGGUUGGUUUCGGCUUGACGACGAAGCAAUGAGGGAGUGCACAAUUGUGAUAUUGCUUUUUGUACUCUAACCCUUCAAAUUCUAUUCAUUCACGACCACGUCUUC